GAAAGGGAGACAGAUUCACCAGCGGCCCUUGGAACUGUUUUCGGGUUGGCUAGAGACAUUUCUGACGUCAGGGAGUGGGCGUGGUUUUAACCCAGUGGCGGCAUUCCUGCGUCUGUCUCUCCCAUUCUCUGAAUUGCUGGCGGAGGGAGCGCAUCGCUAUCACGGCCAUCCGAUCCCAUGCGGGGCUGGCUGCGGAGGCUGGGCUCGCCUCUCUGCGGGAGGAGCGGCCUCGCCUCUCGGAUCCUUGGCCUUGAGAGGAGCCCUUGGAGAGGCUUCUCCGGAGCAGGCAGCGAUGAGCCCGAAUCCGACUGGAGACGCCGGAGGAGGCGGCCUUUGUCUCCCUUGGAAAGGCUGAGCCGGCUGCUCCCCGAGGAGCUCCUUUCCCCCGAGGUCCAAGCCUUGCGGGGCGACGAGCCGGAGCCUGAAGUAAUCCCGAAGGCGCCUUCCAAAGACAUUCCCUUCCAGCUCGGGGAGCUGGUGCUGGCGGAGGUCCGGCGCAGACGCAAUGGGGAGUUCAAGAGGCUGUGGCGUCUGGCGUCUGCAGAGGGCGCCCUGAACAGCACCUGGGGGGCCGUGCCGCACCGAGAGAUCCUAGGCAGGCUCCCCGGGCAGGUGCUGCGGACCUCGGCCAGGCACAGCCUCCUCGUCCGGAGGCCCUCCUUGGAAGAGUUCGUGCUGCUCAUGAAGAGAGGGCCCACCAUCGCCUACCCGAAGGACAUUAGCACAAUGCUUCUACUAAUGGAUAUCAGCCAAGGAGAUAAAGUGCUGGAAGCUGGCUCUGGGUCUGGUGGAAUGAGUUUAUUUCUAUCAAGAGCAGUUGGCCCGCAAGGGCAUAUUAUAAGUUAUGAAAUCAGGAAAGAUCAUCAUAAACUGGCAAAAAAGAACUACCAGACCUGGUGUGAUGCAUGGAGAAUAGGGCAUACUGUGGAGUGGCCAGAUAGUGUGGACUUCAUUAAUGCAGACAUUUUGACAGCAGCGGAGGAUUUGAAAACUAUAACAUUUGAUGCAAUAGCUUUGGAUAUGUUACUCCCCCAGAAUGCUUUGCCUACAGUUAUCCCAAAUCUUAAACAGGGAGGUGUUUGUACAGUAUAUCUUGCAAACAUCACCCAGGUUGUUGAUCUAUUGGAAGCAAUCCGAACCAGGAAGUUAAACCUUUUUUGUGAAAGAAUAGUGGAAGUGACACACAGAGACUGGUUAGUACUUCCAAAUACGUGGAGAAAUAGUAGCAUUUUCCAAAGCAGAGAAACAAAGCCAGAUUUCGAUGAUGAGUUGGAUGGCCGUGAUGAAAAUAACGAUCCUUCUGCAGAAGAAAGAGAGCACGAUGAGGCUUUUGUUUCUAAUGGCACAAAACCACCUUACAUUGCUAGACCUUAUCCAUGGCAAACUGGUCACACAGGUGGGAAUCCCUCAAAUACCAUUAGCAGGCCAAAGCAUCUGUUGUUGAUCAUUCACGCUUUUUCUAAAGAAGAGGGAAAGGGUUGGAAAUAAUUCCCUCAAAAUAGAUCACCAUGCCAAUUUAAAGCUGUUAAGGAAGACCCAAAUCUCUUUUGUUUGAAAAAACAAGGGAGCAGUUUGAAACAUUGUCUGAAAUAGAGUAUCUUCCCAUAUGAGCCAACAUAGAUUUUAAGAGCUUCAGAGAAGGACUUUCUCUCUGCUUCACCAGGUACGUUUACUAAGGACAUGAAAAGGAAUCUUCUCAAAGGCUGCUUCCAGGCUGUGAAACAAAAAAGCAGUUUGGUUGGCUCCCUCAUUGUUUUCUUCCAGCAGGCAAACACCAUGUUAGGUAGGCAUUCUUUUGGUGUUUAAAAUAGUAUUACAUGGCAGAAGGACGUUUUAAAAGAACACACUUUUUGAGUGGCAGAAAGAUGUUUUGAAUGUGACAUGUUUUAACAUUUCAAUGACAAUUUAAUGUGUUUUAAUCAUGUACUUUUGCAAUAGAAGAAAAGCAAGUUAGACAUGAAUAUAUAAAGUGUAACACAUGGAACAAAUUAUUCUACGUAAUAGUUUUAUAUUUUUAAAGCCUGGCUCUUCUCACAGUCAAAACUAGAAGGAAUGUUUAUGUUUCAAGUAAGAAAGCACUGCUAGGUUUAAUCCUUUUUCAACAGCCCUUUCUCAGAGAAGACUUCUAAGAAAAUAUCUACUUGUGGAAAAAGCUGUUAUGUUCUGCUGUGCUUCAACCCCCUUGCACGGCCUCCUUGUUCUUGUUUUAUGAUUUGCCUCUCUGAACUGGGUUUUCUUCAGUUACUUCAUAUUCUUCACCAUUGACCACAUUAACUGGUGCUGAUGAGAACUGCACACAAUACCUGGAGGGCACCAGGUUGGAGAACUGAUCUAAACUAGCCUCCAGAUUUUCACUGGAUUUUCACCACUUAAAAUAUGUACAGUAUUGGCUCGUUUCAAAGCCAACCGCAUUCAAAGCUACACAAUUAUCAACAUAAGGUAUCAGCAAUUUAUUGCACAUGUAAGUUUCGGAGAAAAAUGUUCAAAACCCCCCUUUUUUAUUGAGAUAAAUAAGAUGUCCAUAAGAGAGCAAGAGCAAAAGAGACUUGAAUACAGAAGAGAUUUAGUAAUAUUUAUUCCUAACAUUCUAUAUUCUUCUAAGCUGAUAGGACAUAGCCAGAUCAGAUGUGAUGUUCUGUAUCCACAAUAUGUGUUUCAAAUAACUUCUGUGCAUUCAUACAUGUGCAAAGAAAUGUCAUUUGUGCAAUUUGUUCAAAAACUAUCCUGUGAACUACUUUUAUUUAGAAAUUCAACAGGCCAUCCUCAUGGCACAAGAUUGUCUUUAAAGCAAAUUGCUUACAUGGCACAUUGAUGAAACAAUGGUAAGAACUGAAGUUCCCCAGUAAAAAAACAGUUAGUUACAAGUGAAGUGUAAGAGGAUGCUAUGAAAAAGUGACACACAAGCUUUUGUUUUAACAGGGCCAGGAGAAGAAAGAGUGUCUUUUUAUUGAAAAAGGAAAAGAUGGGAGGAGGACAGACAGUAAAGUAAAAUCUGACAGUAAAAUACUAUUUAGAGUCAAAGAAAUCAUGCUCAAUACAUUGCUAGUUCCAUUCUAGUUAGACAGAAAGAAUAGACACCCAUGGCUAAAAUAUUGAAAGCAAAUUGCAAAGCCAAAAAAAUGAUACAUUUUGCUUUAUCGUUUAAAUUGAAAAAAAUUGGGGGCAUUCGUUAGCAAUGGCCAUGCUGUCUACAGAGUCCAGCAUUUGUAUUCAUGGGCAAUAUUUAAAACCAAAUAAUGAGCAAUAUUAGGCACCUUGAAAGGUUUCCAGACAUGAUGCUUACAGGGAAAAGAUCAUAAGCGGUAGCUUUAUCUGUUACAUCUGUUCACUGGGAAUGAAAUGACACUAUGUUAUCAGACAUUAAGAAGUGGACAGAUGUGGCAAUGGAAAAAAUACAAUUGAAGCAGAUUCAUGUUGUAUGUGUGUGAACUUGCACACUGUAUUUCAGAAUGGGCAAAUGCUACACAAAGUGUUUUCCAGAACGAAUGCUAAACUUAGUUGCACUACCAAUUUAAACAUAUUUUUGGGUUCCAUGUGUUACGGAAAAUAAGGAAGCACCAACAGCAUUAAAAAAGACAAA